AUGGGGCUUCUCACUAUAAUAAAGAAGCAGAAAAUAAAGGACAAUGAGAUCAGAUGCUUGCUUCUUGGGCUGGAUAAUUCAGGGAAGUCCACUGUCGUGGAUAGUUUACUGCCCGCUGAGGAGCGAGAACCGGAGAACAUAACACCGACACUUGGUUUUCAAAUCCAGUCCGUUGUCAUUGAUGGGCAGUAUAAUGUUUCUCUGUGGGAUAUUGGCGGUCAGGUCACUUUGCGACCCUUCUGGGAGAAUUAUUUUGAUCGAACUGAUGCGCUUCUUUGGUGCGUUGACGUUAACGCCCAACUUCGGUUCGACGAAUCCAUACAGGAACUUAGAUCCCUGAUUCACAGAGAUCAGGGGAGGAUAGGUUAUGAGUGUCAGGUGAUUGUCUUGCUCAAUAAAAUUGAUUUGGUUACGCCAAAUGACUUCGUCAAUGUUGAGUUAAUGGAAAGGGCAGUCCUCGAUGCGUUUGGAUUGAACAAAAGUGAAAUGAGCGGUAACAUAAGACAGAAAUCUGUAAAGUUUGUUCAAUUGAGUGCACUGACAGGACAAGGCAUAACACAAUUGCAAGAGGAGCUAGUGGGAAUCAUAAAUGCGAGAUAA